UACAAUUGGAAACUCCAUUUUGAUUCUUUGAAAGAUACAAACAAACUGGUUGUCAUUGAUUUCACAGCUACAUGGUGUGGUCCUUGCAAAUACAUGGAACCAGUUCUUAAUGAGUUUGCUGCUAAAUAUACAGAUGUUGAGUUUGUCAAGAUUGAUGUUGAUGAAUUAGCUGAUGUAGCUCAGGAAUAUGGGGUUCAAGCCAUGCCAACGUUCAUGCUGAUAAAGAAAGGGAAAGUGAUUGACAAGAUCGUGGGAGCAGAUAAAGAUGCACUAAAGAUGAAAAUUGAGAAACACAUAGCUAUGUUCAUCUAAUUAAGCAAACCAAAGUGUGCACAAAUGUUUUGAGCAGAGUUUGCUGGAAUAAUAGUCUCCCUGUGUAGAAUAAAAUUCACAUCAUCUUUAUCAAUUUUUGAUUGAAAUAACUAGCUUAUGUACUCACUUAUGAUUGUAAACUCCACAUUAAAGAGGCUGACUAAAGCACUAUUUUGUA